AGGGUUGAUCUAAGGACCAUUUCAUCCUGCAAGAAUCAGCUUGCAAGAUCUGCAUAGACUUGUUCCUAAGGGAAAACAUGUCUGAGAUUGACUAUGAGAAGUUAGCUGAAAUACAACUGCAGAAAGAUGAAGCAGAAGAUACACAGUCAGAACAGGAAGAAGCAUUUAUGCCUCCACCACUUGAGGAUCCUGAGCUAAAUAUCAAUCACCCCUACUACGAUGUUGCGAGACAUGGCAUCAUCCAGUUAGCAGGUGAUGACGAUUCUGGUAGGAAGGUGAUUACCUUCAGUUGCUGCCGUAUGCCCCCCUCCCAUCAGCUCAAUCACACCAGACUGCUGGAGUACUUAAAAUAUACUCUGGACCAGUAUGUAGAGAACGAUUACACAGUUGUCUACUUUCACUAUGGCCUGAAGAGUAUGAAUAAACCAUCUCUGAAAUGGUUACAAACAGCCUACAAAGAAUUUGACAGGAAGUAUAAGAAAAACCUCAAAGCACUCUAUGUUGUACAUCCAACCAACUUCAUAAAAAUUCUGUGGAAUAUCUUUAAACCUCUUAUAAGCCAUAAGUUUGGGAAAAAAAUCACCUACCUGAACUAUUUAAGUGAUCUGAGAGAGCAUCUCAAAUAUGACCAGCUAAAUAUUCCUCAAGAAGUCAUCCAACAUGAUGAAAAUCUUCGGGGAAAACAGAAGGGAAAACUGCCACCUGUGGUUAAGGCUCCUCCACCACGGCCGCCUCUGCCUACCCAGCAAUUUGGAGUCAGCCUGCAAUAUAUCAAGGACAAAAAUAAAGGCGAACUAAUCCCCCCAGUAAUGAAGGAAACUGUAUCCUACCUAAAAAGAAAAGGACUACAAGUAGAGGGCCUCUUCAGAAGGUCAGCCAGCAUCCAGACUAUCAAAGAUGUCCAGAAACUCUGUAAUCAGGGCAAGUCUGUGAAUUUCGAUGAUUAUAAUGAUAUCCAUAUUCCUGCAAAGACUUUCCUUAGGGAACUCUCUCAGCCAUUACUAACGUUUGAGUGUUAUGAUCAUAUCCUUGGAAUCACCAGUGUGGAGAGCAGUUACGAGUCACCAGAUGCAAGCAAAUAAUUCAAGGACUUCCUGAACACAAUUACAUUGUUCUGAAAUAUCUGAUAUGCUUUCUCCAUAUGGU